AUGCUAUUCUAUCGUGGUUUGAAACCGCUGGUCAAUGCUUCCUAUAUCAUAGGAAAUCAAGCACGAACUGUUCUUCCGGGCAUAGCAGUUUCAACGAAAAGGUCCUUUCACAGUAUCAAUCGCCUACAUCUCGAAACUAAUAUAAAAGAUAUCACGAAUAAGACAGAUGAAGCGUCUCCUUCCGUGCAGAUGUUUGGACCUCCAGAAUCGUCUCGGUAUGAAGACUCUUACCAAAAAGACUAUGAAAGAAUAGCAAAAUAUUCCCUGAUUCCAUUGACGAUGGUGCCUUUUUACGCAUCUUUUGUUGGCGGUGUCAUGAGUCCUCUAUUGGAUGCGUCUCUAUCGUCCACUCUCUUAAUAUACUUACAAUAUGGCUUCACGAGCUGCAUUAUCGAUUAUAUACCGAAGGAGAAGUAUCCAAGAUGGCAUAAACUAGCUCUUUACAGUCUUUAUGGAGGAUCUACGUUAGCUUUGUACGGCAUCUAUGAAUUGGAAACAAAGGAUAAUGGUUUUGUUGACUUGGUGAAAAAGCUGUGGAAUGAGAACGAUGACCAUUUGUAUAUAUUCGGAAGAAACUGA